AUGGCCACCGUCAACGAGAAGCAGCCCGCCACCGACGCGCCCCUCGCGCACGAGACCGCCAUCCACCGCGCGCUCGACUACCCCGUGAUCAAAGACACCCUCUCGACCUUUGACCACUACGCCCACUCGCACCCCUACAUCUCGUCCCUCUACUCGCGCACCCUCAGCCUCUCGCGCCAGAUCCUCGCUCACGUCCAGCCCGUCCUCCCCCUCGAGUUGGCGGACCAGUACGCGAACAAGACGCUCGAUGUCGUCGAGAAGUAUGUCCCGCAGGUCAAGAUGGAGACGGGAGAGUUGAUUGGAAAGGCGAGGGGGCCCGCCGAUGCCGCGUUCCAGACGGCCCAGGAGUACAGGCAGGGAAUCCAGUCUCGCAUCUCGCCCGUGACGGACCAGCUCUACCAGCGCAUCACGACCUCGCAAGCGCACCUCUCGUCCCUCCAAGACCGUCUCCAAAAGACGAUCAAGCAGCUCCCCCACGACACGGAGAGCCUCCAGUCUACGCUCCACUCGAUCCUCAACGAGGUCGACGGGUUGGUCAAGUCUGCUCAGUCGAUCCCCGCCAACGCCCAAGCGACCGCCAAGCCCGUCUUUGACGGAGUCGUCGAGGCUGCGGACCACAUUCGCAAGGAGGUCACUCGCACCGACAUCCCGAUGGGCGCCCGCGCGCAAAACGUCCUCACCUACACCCAGGACCGCCUCCAGCCCGUCGUCGAGCAGAUCAAGAGUUUCGUGCUCAAGAAGAAGGACGAGGUUGCCGAGACUGUCGAGGAGAAGGAGGGCGAGGGGGAGAAGCAGUGA